UUCUUUUUUUUAUUAUACAUUCAAGUAUUUGUUCAUUUUGCAUAGAUUUUUCAUCUACACAAUGCUGCAUAUAGGGAAUUUUUUCUUUGUGUGUUAUAUGAGAGGUACGCGUUGGUAAUCCACAAUCGUCGCGUCUCAAGAAUCGUUCUUCUGCAAUUCCUAUUCAACCACCAUGGUAAAGUCAAUGCCAAACAUUCUGGUGGACUCUAUACAAGAAUGGGAGUCCUACAUGGAAAACUUGGAUGAUGAAUGUGCUACCUUUGGGAGGGUUGCUAGAAUGCACCCAGAAAGCAAUAUGGAGGAACCAGAAAACUUUGCAAAGGAUGCAUUUCAUUAUUUUGAUGAAGAAAACGAACACCUUAGUCGACGAAAAAUUAUUUUGCUCCGUGCUAAACGGAGACUUUGUCAACAGGAUCUCCGUUGGAAGCAUUCUAAAGAUUCGGAGAACCAGUGUUUGGAGAAACUAACGGGAGUAUUAAAAAAUCAUGUUGAGCGGAUGCUUAAAUUCUGUAGGAUGAUCUGCGAAAAACUGUCCGAGACGUUUGAAAUUGCCAUGAAAGUCGCAAAAGAGUUUCAAGACUGCAAGCCUUCUCAAGCAUGGUUCUAUGUAUUUCAAUUAAAGUAUCUAAGAAAACAGAAAAACCAUCAAAUCCUACCUUUUGUCUCUGAAUGGAUAAUCAUGAUACAACAGUACAUUGACUUGUUAAACGAAUUUGCCUUGGUUCAACAAAGAGUAUUGAAACUUUAACUUUACGAUAAAACUACAUCUUACUUACGAAUUGUUUUUAGUUUGUACAUAUGUACGAGCAACUCCAUUUGAAACUAGUAAUUAC